CGUCUGUCUGUCUCCGGUGGCGAUUGGCACUUAGAGGGAGACAGGGAGAGAAAGCCGAAUCAUUUCCGUUAUUUUUUAUUUACUUUUUUUACUCGUGUGGAUUCUAACGCGCUGGUUAUUCAAUAUGUUGUGCAUGCAGGAUGGUGCACGUAAGGUGUAAGUGGGACCGGGGUUGAGUUGACCACAUUGCAGCACACACACGCGCCGCCCUCGCUCCCUCUUCUCUUCUGUUGCUCCUCCUGGUAUCACAGUAGACACGAUGUACAAUUCAGGCCACCACCACCACCACCACAAGCAAGGAGCACCAGUCUCACCAGAUAGUGCCGCAGCAGCAGACGUUUUUGAGCAGCUGUGCACUGCCUCCACCUUUAAGUCAGUUCUCUACCACUACCGCCUCUUGUGCGAUGUCCUCAGGCUCAAACCCACCAACUUCAGAAACUUCUAUCCCAAGCUUAAGUCAAAACUCCGGUCUUGGAAAGCACAAGCAAUAUGGAGUAAAUUUGAUAAACGGUCUAGUCAUAAAUGCUACAAUCAUGGCAAGGCCUGCACUAACAGUAAGGUCCUGAUUAUCGGAGCAGGUCCCUGUGGCUUGCGCACUGCCAUUGAGGCUCAACUUCUUGGUGCAAAAGUUGUGGUGGUGGAGAAGAGGGACCGUUUCUCUCGAAAUAAUGUCUUGCAUCUCUGGCCUUUUGUCAUCAACGACCUCAAGCAAUUGGGGGCUAAGAAAUUCUAUGGCAAAUUCUGCGCGGGAGCAAUCGAUCACAUCAGUAUACGGCAACUUCAAUGUAUACUGCUGAAGGUAGCAUUGCUGUUAGGUGUGGAAAUCUAUGAAAAUGUAAGCUUUGAAGAGCUCACAGAACCUCCAGAGGACCAGAAUGAAAAAAUUGGAUGGCGAGCCAGACUCAGCCCGGCAGACCAUCCUGCCAAUCAGUAUGAAUUUGAUGUCCUGAUUGGUGCAGAUGGCAAAAGGAAUACUUUACAUGGAUUCAAGAGAAAGGAAUUUCGUGGCAAAUUGGCCAUUGCUAUUACAGCAAAUUUCAUCAACAAACGCACAGAACUUGAGGCUAGAGUGCAGGAAAUCAGUGGAGUAGCUUUCAUCUUUAAUCAGAAAUUCUUCAAGGAGCUAUAUGCAGCUACCGGCAUUGACUUAGAGAACAUUGUGUACUACAAAGAUGAAACACACUAUUUUGUGAUGACAGCAAAGAAACAGUCACUUAUUGAAAAGGGAGUCAUUUUACGCGAUCUUCAAGACACUCAACAGCUUUUACAUCCAAGCAACGUAGACCGGAAUGCUCUCAUGGAAUAUGCUCGUGAAGCAGCAGACUUUUCCACAAGCUAUCAGCUGCCACAUCUGGAUUUUGCUGUUAAUCACUAUGGCAAGCCUGAUGUGGCAAUGUUUGAUUUCACAUCCAUGUUUGCAGCAGAGAAUGCUUGCAGAAUGGUGGAGAAGAGAGGACAUAAGCUCCUCUCUGGGCUUGUAGGAGACAGCUUGCUAGAGCCUUUCUGGCCAACGGGGUCAGGCUGUGCUCGAGGCUUUCUAAGCAGUUUCGACGCUUGCUGGAUGAUUCGCUCAUUUUCAUCGGGGAAAAUGAUGCCUUUAGAGGUGCUUGCAGAGAGAGAGAGCAUUUAUCGGCUUCUUGCACAGACUACUCCUGAAAAUCUCAGUAAAGAUCACUCUUCCUAUAGCUUGGACCCAGCAUCAAGAUACCCAACCAUUAACCUGCGCGCGGUGCUUCCCUUCCAAGUGCGCACUCUGUUCAACACUGACGACCCUGUUCAUCUGGAGGAGAUAACGAACCCGCAUCUGGUCAAUAAUGAUGAGUUGCCGAAGAAGAGGAAACGUAGAGGUGGUCCCUUGCUGGCCAGCGACAUAAAGGGCUAUCAAUUAAGAACAAGCGCCAUGGACUUGUACAAGGAUGCCCACGGACGUAGAAGAACAGUGUAUGCAGGCACCACAGGGAUACAUAUUCACACAAACUCACACAUGCGCAUGGCUCACACUCUCUUCUUCUGGUUUUUCCCCAUCGAUGAGCUUCAUUUAUUACAUCCCGAUACCCUUACUCCUAUUGGAAAUUGCAAGAAACAUUACUAUCCUAUAUGGUUCAUUCCGCACCCGUCCUGUUACUUGGAUUGCCAUUUUACCCCUGAGGGCUCUGCAGAGUUCCUUGAGGAAAUUAUCAUGCUCAAAAGUAAAUCAGCUAGCAUCAUUGAUAUCUUGAGAGGAUUAUUGGCAUUUCCCGAACCAAUGAAGGUUGAGUACCCUCUGGAGGCGAAGAUUAGAAUGGGCGAGAUGUGGAGGAUUCCUGACAUGCGCAAAUUUAAGUUCAUGAUAUUCAUGAGACAGUGUCUCUCAAAGAUGAAUGGAGAAGACUGGAUAAAUGAAACAAUCCUUCACCCUCAUCCAAACAAACAGCACGCCCUCAAAUGUCAACCAUCUUGUAAAAAUCUCUACAAAAACAAAACAGCCAAUGUAUCACAUCAGGGUGAACCUAACAAACACAAGCUGUCACAUACACCAACAGCAACCCGAGUCGAGACGAAGGUGGCAGUGAUGGGCCACAGGAGUGAAAGCCUUAGUCCGGGGCACCACAACAAGAAAGAAUUUCAAACUGACAAGGAACCCAAAGGAAAGAGAGUACUGGAGUCAAAUUACAAGAGAUUAAAAGUGAAAAAUUCUCUCAAGUUGAACCUUCUACCGAAAGGAACUUUAUUCGCCAUACAAGUUAGAACAGAGAACUCUAGCCGAAGACAAGAAAUAAGCCUUAAGAGAUGCACCAUCCCUAAAAGAGGGACUGAAGAAGAUACAAGUAAGAAAAAGACGAAAGAGCACGAGAUCCGAUAUAAUGAGCCCUGGAGAGUUACCUUCCAAAAUAUUGAGAGGCGGCUAAGAGAAAAUGGUGAAGAUGAAGAGACAAUUGCCAAAUACAGGGAUAUUGAUGCCUCUCUGAAGCGCUUAGAAAUGAAGUUGCGCGAGGGAUCCACACUCGAGACAGGCCUGCGUGGACAGAAUAAGGUGUCUAACCUAGCAUCUCAGCUGUCUUCCAAGUGGGAAAGGAAGGAGACAGAGAAGAUCCCAAUUACCCGACAACCAUCAAGACCAAUGGUGCCCUUGCCAACUUCUGGAUCUGAUUUGUGCCACUUCUGUGGUAACCGUGUGUAUCUUGUGGAGAGAUUGAGUGCUGAAGGAAAGUUCUUCCAUAGACAGUGCUUUAAGUGUGACUACUGUGCUGCUAAUCUUCGCCUUGGUAAUUAUAUAUAUGACCGUGAGGGAACAUAUGGAGGCAAGUUCUUCUGCAUACCCCACUUUGGUCUAACCUCAAGAGCCAGAGGUGUAAGGCGGAAGGUUGAGGACACAGACAGUGCCAAAGAAAACAUUGUACCACCUGCUGCUUCAAGCACACCACAACCUAAAGUCCAGGUACCGGUAAUUGGUGGUGGUGGCGGUGCAACAGCUGCUCUCCUGACUGUUACGGGAGGAGCCAAAGUGGGCACCCCCACCACCAUCUCCCCGGAGGACCGAGGGACCACACCAGAACGGGUUGAAUUUGAGAAUUCCGUGGUUGAGCAAAGCGAUGAGGAAGAGUACCUCUCUGAGGACGAGUGGACCGACAGGAACUUUGGGGCUUCAGCAAAUGAGUUGGAUGACACGGACGGGGAUGAGGAUAGUGACUAUUCAGAUUUAAGUGAUGAAGAGGUUGAAGAUGAAGAAAUGGAAUUCAUAGAGGGUGGUGGCACUCUGACUGCUGCCGAAACUCGUCGACUUGCUGAAUCUUGGCAGAGACGUUACUCAACAGACCGCCUUGAUGACGAUGAUGGUGUAUCAGGUCAUGAGACAGAGUCUGACUUAGAAUCUGAUAAUUACAGUGAAGAAUAUGGAGCUGAAGGUGAUGAAAGUCAUACAGCAACAGAAGGUGAAGGUGGUGAUGAUGAUGAUGAAGAUGAAGAUGGAGAGGCUGUUAAACGUGCGCGUGAACUUCGCCGCAUGGAGGUCAACAUUGAUGUAACCGCACCACCAAGAAAGGCUGAAACAUCAGAUAGUGGAUCUGAUACAGAGGUUGCAUCUGAUGAGGAGAGUGAGGAAAGUGAUACCCAGAUUGACACGGAUUCUGAGUUCGCCGAAGAUCAUGUACAACCUGGACCCCCUAAGGAGAUUCCAACAAUUGUCAUCGAUGAGUCACAAGACACUCAUCACUUGAGCCACAGCCCUGAGCCACAGAAUAAAAAGUCACCUGCCAGACCAGCUGCAGAUAAGAAGGGUGAACCCAGAAGUGACCUUGUUGCACAGAAGAUUGACCUUGGGAAGACAGAAAACCAAGCCAAGAAUUCCAACGACAAAGACUGGUCUCCAGAAGGGGGUGAGAAGAGUGCCAGCCUGACAAAUCUGAAUAAUGCUGGCAAAAUUGACCUACAUGCUGAGCAGCUGAAGAGGCUUCUGCAAAGGACUGAGUCCACAGAGGCAAUUGCUGCCAAGAAAGCCCUGCAGCUGAAGCGUCAAUACCUCUUAGGAGAGUCUGCAAACUUACCUAGGAAGUCAGUAUCAACAGCAGACUUAGGCAAUAGGUUUAAGAGCUUCAUGGAAAAGAUCUCAGAAACCCAGAAGAUGCUGAAUCCAGCCCCACAGCCUAGUGCAGCUAUGCAAGCAUUCAUGAGCACCUCUGUGCCAUCCACCAGAUCUCCCAUAUCAUCCCCAUCAUCCCCACAUUUACCUGCACGGUCCAUUUCUCUGCCUCAGGGUGAUGCAUCUUCAGACUCGACUAAUGCUGACAAGAAUUCAACUGAAACUGUAUCCACUACAAGCAAGGAUGUCACCUUAGACAUUACUACACGUGUUGAAUCUUCUGUGUAUCCUGUGGAAGCUGCAAAUAAUGAGAAAGUAGAGGAUGGUGAUGACAAGUUAAAAAGCUUCCCCUUAUCUCUAGGAUCUGAGAGUGAUAAGAGUAAGGGAGCUGUUUCUGCACCAGAGAAAAGCUUCAGUGCUGUGCCAGUGCAAGUCAGCAGUAGCGAGUCCAGCAGCAGUUCGUCAAGUGAAAGUGAAUCAGAUUAUGAUAAUGUGCCUUCAGGUCAUAAAAAGUCAUUUGUCCAUAAAAUACCAUCAGCAAUUGAUAUGCGGGAAGAUAAGUUGUUAGCUGCAAAGAAUGAUAAUGUAAGGACAUCUGAUGGUAACAGUGAUGAUGCCAAAUCCAAGCCCGCAGUAUCUAAAGACAGUGCCGAUGCUCAGCCACAACCUAGCUGUGAUAAAAAAAUAGCAGAUGAUAACAUGGAAGUGUGUGCAUCUGAUGGAGAUGACUUUGGCUUAUCAAAGUCAGGGCAAAAUGAAAAUGAAGGGAUUGAAACCAUUAAUCAGGAGUUAGUGAGAGUGAAUGCUCCGCGGUCUCUUGAUCAGAUGCAAGCUGAGUGCCCAAGCCUUGUUAAGGAGGAAGCACAGCCAGUGGUGAAGCAAAGUGAAUUGAUUGAAUCUCAGAAGGUCGCUGAGUCCCAGAAAUCAAUCGAUGAACUUUUUGAUCAGCUUGCUAAUGAUGCAGUUGAAGACAUUGAAAGGUUUUCGGAAUUGGUAGAGUCACCUGAAGUGAAAGUGAGUGGAGUUUUGCAUAAGGAGCAAGCUCAUUUAAAGGAUAAUGCAGUCAAAGAUAGUGAGAGAAAAGUAAGUGACAGUACAAGUUCAGAACAGAGUGUAUUGACAAGGGUUGUAGCUGAAAAAUCAGCUGGACCCACAGAUAUUGGCAAAGCAAGUGUGCACAGCCAAGAGGAAGUUAAAAGUGAACCAAUGGUAGUUGAACCCUCUAUUGAGAUUGUAAUCGAAGAGUGUAAGAAAACUAAAGACACUGAAAUAGUGGAAGAAAAACUGUCCCCCAGAAGUUUGUUAGAUGCUGAUGUGUCAGAGAGUAAGUGUUCUCUGAAGAGCCCGAUAGAGGAUGAUGAAGGAUCUGAAAGUAAAAGGUCUCAUAAGAGUACACUAGAUGAGGAUAUCUCUGAGAGCAAAAGAUCCCUGAAAAAAGAUGUCCUGUCGAGCCCAGAGGGAAAGGAACUCACAGAAGCUGAACUUUCUGACUGGGCUGGGGACAAUGAUGGUUUUAGCGCAGGAGAAGACCUAGAGAUUGAGGUUAAUCAGACAAGUCGACUCUCUGUCAAGAAAGGUACAUCCAAGACCAUAGCCCGGAUAGCCUCAGAGGAGAGCCUUGGGGACACAGAUUCAGCCAUCUCCACUGGCCCGAGCAAGACUGCCUCAGUGCCUUCAAAACCGAGUGUUCUGGCUGACCUGGAAGGGAUUGAGUAUAUGGACACAGGUGGUGAAAGUGCCAGCAGCCCUGAGGAGGUCUCACACAUCAAAGAAGGCUACACCAAGCUAGGAGCUGAGACUCCCACAACUCCUGUUGCACCACAGAUUUCCAUGGUUGGCAUGGAGAAUUUAUCUGGCUGUGAUAGCAAGUCUUCUGACAGCACAAGUACUGAAUUAGAGGACUCAUCCCAGAGUAGUGUUCAAGAAGCACUAAAUAACAAUAUCAUCAAAGAAGAUUCGGUUCCACUGUUAGAGAAUUCACCAGAGGAAGCAAAAGACAUUCCAGAAGAGCCCAGAAGUAUAUCUGAACCACCAUCCUUGAGUGAAAGUAAACCAAAGUUCAGCAGUGAACAGCGUCGUGACUCUCUAGAUGAUUAUGUUACCAAGAGCCGUUAUGAGGGAUAUAUUCCAAGGUUCAAGGAGAGAGUGAGUCCAUUUGGAUAUGUGAGGGAUUCCCUGGAUGUGAGAAGAAAUUCAACUAAAAGUCCUUUAUUCACUCCCACAAAACAAGACAUUGAGGAGAGGGAGAAAAAUGAAAAUCGUAAUGAAAAACUAACAAUUCCUACAACUGAGAAUGUCUCCUUGGUGUCACCUAACACAGCUAAGAAGCAAAUUGAAAGGAGUCUAAAGGGGAAAGAUAAGGAAAAGGAAAAAGAUCUAAUUCGAGAAAUGGUAAUGUCUAGAAUAUCACGCAAAACACCAGAAAAGAAUACAAGAAGAGGAUCAAGAACAUCAAUUAGUCCACUCUCUUCCACAAGUUCGCGUACUUCACUCUUUAGUCCUCAGUCAUCUCAGGAGAAUUUGCUGGAGAAGGUUGAUACGCCAGUAAAUGGAAGUACAGAUAAUUUAACCAAUGGAGAGGUGCCAGAAAAGAAGACCAUUCGUGCUGACUGCAAGAACUUGUUAAGGUUAGACACGGUAACAUCGGACUUACCAGAAAGUGGUGAUACAUUUGACGCUGAGGAAAAGAGAAUGAAGGUCAGAGUUGGGGCUGCAUUCAGGCAAGAUAGUGUCUUGGGCAGUGGUUCCAAGAGAAGCAUCUCAGAAGUUAGUGGAGAUCUUCCUGAUAGUGGACAGACUUUCCAAGCUGAGGAAAAUAGAUCCAAAGUACGAGUUGGUGCCCUGUUCAGAGAUGACAGUGUUCUUGGAACUGUAGGGAAACAUGGAAGUCUCCAAGAUGUAAAUGUACCAUUUGCUGAUGAUAGCCAAGAUGAAGAGGUGUUUGUAUUAAAGGAAGAUGAGAAAAAUAUUAUAGUAUCUACUAAAAAAGUACCAAAGAGCCCCAGGAAGGAAAAGUCUCCAAGGAAGAGCUCUCCAAUUAAAGAGGUUCCAAGUCCAUCUCACAACAACCUCCCAGCAACACCACUAACACAUCCAGAGCAGUUUGACCAACCUUGUCCAAAACGAGAGCUGUUCAAGGUGCCUACAACGAUAGCUCCAACACCACCUCCAAGGACACAGCAUGCAGCAUCAUUAAAAGGAAUGUAUACUCCGAUAGGAGUAGAGAGGCCCGUCUCAACUCCAAAUCUAAGCACUGUUGAACGAGAAAAGGUCAGGGAAGAGGCUAGGCUUCGUGCCAAAUUGAAGACAGACUUAGACCUGGGGUUAAGUCCUCCUAAUUUGGCUGAUAAUUUGCGAGAAAAGCUUAAAAAGGGAAGUGUGAGUGAAAGUGAAUGUGACCGGGAAGAUCAAGUCAAGGAUUCUAUAUUAAGAACAAGUGCAACUUCUAAUGGAGAUGAAGUGAGGGCCAAGAACAAAGAACACCAUGUUAGAAAAGAUGUUCCUGUCAAAGGAGAGGAAUCUAGAACAAAAGAUAAGGAGGAACGCGUCAGAGAGUUGCUUGCAGAACAGAGAGAGCAUCGUCAACGAGAACCUGAGGGCAAAAAGGAGGAAUGGUGCAACAAAGAUGACCGUGUCAGGGAGAGACUAGAAGAGUACAGACAGAAACGAAGAGGAAGCACGAAGAGCUCUGAAAAUGGAGAUUCACGCCCCAACAGCCAGUUAUUGCGUAGAACCACCCACCGGCCCUCUCUUCUAGAGCUGGAGUCACUUCAGGUUUUCACCUCCUCACCAAGCAAAGGUCCAGCUCCUACAGCAACCUUAUCGACCACCAAUACAACGCCAAGCAUAAGCUCAUCAUCAUCUACAAUUACCAAUGCUCCGAGUGAUCAGAAGUCCAUAUCAAUAACAUCAGCACCUGCAGCUGUCAUGUCAACAACAGUGCCAUCUAGCAAACAGGUUGAAGACACACCAGCCUCAGAGAAAACACAAGAGAAAAAGUCAGGAAAGAAGUCAAAGGAUCGGGAAAGGAGGCGCAGUCUUAUACAAGUGUUUACAGGUAUGUUCAGCAAAUCAGGGGAUGAGAAAAAGAAAAAUGAGCCACAGCAACAAGGCAGUGAUGUACAGGACAGUGGAAGCAAAGCAGCGGCACAGCAGACCAAUGUAGCCCCUGCAGAGACUCCUAAAUGCGCUCCCAAGAGUCCAUCAAGCAUGAGGGACAAGCUUUCAAAGCUGAGACUCUCAAGAUCCAAGGAAAAGAAAGCGGUUGAGAAGGGCAGAUCUACCAGUGCUGACAUUCUUGAUGACCGUGGGAGCAGUGACGAUACCCGCUCUGCCUUCUCCCUCCCCACUUCUCCCUCCCGCCGUCCACUCUCCUCCCUAACUUCCCCAUUCACUAAAGCCUCAUCACCACCUCAAGCAUCAGGAUCUGCAUAUUCCUCCUCUCCCCAAGUGCGUCUCGCCACCCCGAGAAUCGAAGAGGAAUCUCUUUCGGAUGAUGACGGUGGUAGCCCAGCUGGAACACCAGGUGGUACAUUGGAUCGAAGCGGCCAGGUCCCAGGCUCCAACUCAGCCAGUCGCAGACAGCGAAAUGCGGCACUCAGAGCAGCACGGCAAGCAGAACUAAAGAGGUUGAGAAUGGCACAGGAGAUCCAGCGGCAGUUAGAAGAAUGUGAAGUGAAGACGAGAGAAUUGGAGGAACGAGGAGUAGCUGUGGAAAAGGCAUUACGGGGAGAAGGUGGCGGAGCGAAUCGUGAUGAGGCCGAGCUAAUGGGUGACUGGUUCUCCAUGGUCCAUGAGAAGAAUGCCCUCGUCCGGUGGGAACAGGAACUCAUGGUCCGUGCCAAGGAGCUGGAGCUGGAGGAUCGGCAUGUCAGACUAGAGCAUGAACUGAGGCGGCGCAUGGCCCUCUCUGAACAUGAAAAGUCGCGAGAAGACAUAGACCGAGAAGGUACCAUACUCGCAGAAAUCCUGAACAUCCUGGAGCAGAAAGAUGCCUUAGUCAACAUGUUGGAGGAGGACAGACAGAGGUGCGACCACAGCCACCACCACCACCACCACUCGAACAAAAACCUUUCCCUCAGUACCUCAGACACCAAUGAAAAGCUUCCCCAAAUCCAUAUAACCAGCCUGCCUUGCAACUCAAUCGAGUGUUCCCCCACCACUGCCAUCUCACCUUCUCUGACUACCAUUCCUCAGAGCUUUAAAGAUUCACACACAACAUCCUUUUCUAAGUUAUCUUCCCUUUUACCUGCUAAUAACAAAGGACUCUUGACAUCCUUGUUGAACCCAGACUUAAGCCAGUGCUCUAGCUUGACAUCAGUGCUGCAUGGUAGCUUACCUCCUUCCUCAUGUUCUUCCCAGAGCUCAGCUAACGUUUCUGUAGCUUCAAGCAGACGCUCUAGUCAGUUUGAUCAGUUUCCACAGAACAGCAAGCCAAGUGUCUUUGAUAUAGAUCCAUGUAGCAGAAUGUGCACGCAUGCUCAGCACGCUCGAAGGAAGGUGAACCUUUUCAGCAGACUAAGCCGUGUAAGGCGCACAACAUUACCAGACCUUAGCCCAGGAGAUGGGGAGCCCUUUUCAGACCCGCCCCUUCAUUAUCGCCGCUAUAGCCUUUCCAUCCACGUUCCGUAUCGCAUGCCCAUCAACAGCAUGGGUGAGAUAAAUAGCCCAAGGUUGAAGAGGUUUAAUGGGAAUCCUGUCCACAGUAACAGUACUCUCUUCACCAGACUAUUAAGCACUGCAUGUGGUUAUGCCCUAAUCUUUGUUGUCUGUGUUUGGUUCUUGCCUCACAUGAUGUCAUUGUUAUCAUUAAUUCUCAAUGAAACUUACCAGGGUCCAUCCCCUUUCUAAUAUUUAAUGUAGAGUAUAUAAUGCUGAUGCCUUGCUGUAGAAGAGGUUUUGACAUCCAUUAAAAUAAGUGUCUGAUUUAUGUUUUCAUGUAGACUAUGUUAAGGGAUUUUUAUAUUUAUUGUUAAGGCAUGUUGUUUUGCAUUGAAUAGAAUGCAUGACUGUGAUAGUUUUAAGUUAAUCGUAUUAAGGAGCUUUCCAAUAUAACCAUUUGUAUAUUUGAACCUUUCUUAAGUAUAAGACCAAGUUCUUUGGGAGGGAUUCAGACAAAAGCAACAUCACUGCAUGACAAAAGGAAGGUGGAGGCUUGAACUGCACCUCCCCUCAGGACAAGCAAGACAGACUUCCCCUUCUCUCCCCCUCUCAUAGCCUCUCCCUCACAUGUUCUUCCCCUCGGGACAUCUGGCUGGCAAGCUGUUGUUCUGACCGGCCUCACCCACCUUGUAAGUGCCCGUCAUGUUACACUGAAGCAGCCAACACUAACACUUAAACUGCUAUGUAUUGCAACUUCUCUAACUACUAAUGGAAUUAAUCGGCUUCAUUUGUACACUUGGUUUGUGGUCGAAUAUAAAUAUUGCACACUGCUUGCUCUUGGUGAAUAAAUGCUGUUGUAUAUAAGAAACAUGACACUUAAUGAAAAGCAAUUUAUGCAAGACCACAAAUGCAAUAAUGUCACAGACAAAAGUACAUGGCCUUUUUAUAUUAUAUUAUUUGCAUGCAUUUUAUGCCUAAACCAAAAUACAGAAAACAUUAUGAACAGUUUGAUAAUAUUUUCAUUUACAUUUUUCCCUUCUUUGGCAGUUCUCAGAGCCCAUUUUUCACAUACAGUUAUGUUGCUGGGUUUACUGAAGCAUGAUAAGUUUAUAUGUUUACCAUUUUGUAAUUUUCACGAAGGGAAAUUUUCAAAUUAUGUGAACGAAACUGUCAAUGGUAAUAAUGCAGUUAAUUCAUUAAUGAUUGAGUUAUUUAUUAGUGGAUCUUUAUUUACCAGCUUGGAUCUUUGUAUUUUGUUAUUAACUGAAGAUUUGUAGUGCUUUUUUGUGAUUUAGAGUGUUAUGUAAGUGCAUGUCUUUAACACAAUAGAAUAUUUUUGAUGCA